GCUAUUGACAGUUCACAUGUUUCUGUCACAGUGCCAGCAGAUGAAGUGCUUAACUAUACAUGUCGACAUGGGUAUACAUCUCAGAAUGUGUUAGCUAUUUGUGAUUUUGACAUGAGAUUUAUCUUUGUCGUUGCUGGGUGGCCGGGUUCUGCACAUGACACACGGAUCCUGGAUCAUGCUUUAGCAAAUUUCCCUUCAUUUCCGGUGCCUCCAAAAGGUAAGUAUUAUCUCGUCGACUCUGGUUAUCCAAACCGACAAGGAUAUCUAGCCCCUUUCAAAGGAAGCACAUACCAUAUACUAGAAUUUCGACUUCGUAAUGGACGUCCUCCUCAAGGGAAGUAUGAGAUGUUCAAUUUCUUACAUUCAUCUCUUCAAAAUGUUAUUGAGAGGGCUUUUGGAGUCCUGAAGCAGAAGUGGCGUAUUUUGAAAGGCAUUCCAAGUUUUCCUACACAUACACAGAAACAUAUAAUAAUAGCUUGCAUGGCAUUGCAUAAUUUUAUUCGUGACAGCAAUUCUGAAGAUAAGUUGUUUGAUAGAUGUGAUGCUGAUGAGGAGUACUUGGACACUUGGUACAACAGAGUUUCACGUUACAAGCACAAGGAGAUGACAAUCCAGAGGGAGAGAAUGAGAAUACAAUGAAUACCAUUCGCAAUAAGAUAGCUGAUGCUUUGAGUAGUGCGAGAGGGAGAUAGUUAUGUUGAAGAAGGAU